UUAACUAUAAAUAAAGCCAGGUACAGCUCUAGUCUUGCAAGGUUUUCUAAGGAACAAUUACUACAGGUUUCACUCAUGCUGCAAAGAGUGUAUUUACGUGUCGUGUCUGUGAACCACCUCUUUUGUUAUUGUUUGUUGUAGUUGUUGUUGCUGUUCUUGUUGCGGUAUUUGCUUAUGUUCUUUUUUUUGGGGGGGCGAGGGGGAAGGGUGUGAUAAGGUGAGAUACAGAUGCUGAUGUUGAUUCUUUUUAGAUCUGUUACGAGGCGUGAUACUGGCCCGGGUGUGAUGGUUGGGUAUCUCCUCCCCCCCCCCUCUCUCUCUUUCUCUGUUUCUCCUUUUCUGUCUUUUUUUUUUGUUUCUGUUUCUCCCACCAUCUAUCUCUAUCUUCCCUUCUUUAUCUCUCUCUCUCUCUCUCUCUCUCUCUCUCUCUCUCUCUCUCUCUCUCUCUCUCUCUCUCUCUCUCUCUCUCUCUCUCUCUCUCUCUCUCUCUUUCUCUCUUUUCCCCUAUACCAUCUCCAUCCCUUUUUCUCGGAACUCGAGUUGUAAAUACGUAAUGCCGUGGCAGGUGUCUCGACAAACACGUAGUACUGCAGGUUAUAUGGCAGGCUGUGGCGGUGCAGGUUGUAGUGUGCAGGUCGAGCAGCAGUGAGGCGGCGUGCUGGGUCUGCGCAUGGGGAGGAGAGCGGGUGGGGAACGGAAGCUCGACCAGCCGCCGCAGUUGGAGCGUCUGCCAGCCCAGCAGCUCAGUAUCGCCACGAAAAUACACAACACAGCCACACGGCGUCGCACCAGCACACCAAGCCCGCGCUAAUACAGCUGCGGCUCCUCUUUUUGGGUCGCUUUCAGUGCCGUGUUCUGUGGGGAUCUGUGGCCGAAUUUUUUUUUCUCUCUCUCGGUGGGGGAAUGACCAGCCAGGUCGGAGGAGGGAUUGUAUAAGGGGUCGCAGCCCAUGUGAAGGUGAUGCGAGAUGGUAGGUCGAGAUGACGAAGGUUCGGACAAUAUUUGCCGCGGGGGAGCAUGACAACCAUUACCAGGAGAGAAUCCCUGUGGCAAGUCCUGGCCGACGCGACCGAAAAGGCUGGUCUUGGUGACCGAAGGUGUCGACUGGUGCAAUCGUAGACUGUGACAUGUAAACGGCACGAGUUCUAGAACCCCAAGUAAUCCGACACUGUUGUUAAUCAAUAAAACAAGUAAAUAAUCAACAAGAAAGUGACACUAUUUUUUAAGAGAGAAAAUAAGGUUGCUUGUAGAUACGUGGUACACAAUGUAACUCAAACACAGGAUUAAACCCGAGGGAACCUGCCUAUCUUUCUUUUGCUCUAUGUGUUUCGCGAUACCCAGGCACAUCUCCAGCCAUGUGUGAAGUGAAUAAGGUGCAUUUGUGUAGUAAGAGUGGGCGUAAUAGUAUUAGCAGUAGUAGUACACUCGAAAGAUCCCCUCACAGACCGCCAGAAAUCAAUCCUGGCUCGGGGAGGAAGAGCCCCCAGCAGCGCCGAGUCUGGAGAAGGAGAGGCAGCCUUUCGCCCCGCAGUGUGGCGUCGCCCUGCGGGUACAUGUUCUGGCUCAGCCUCCUGAUGGUGAGCUCCAGCAGCAGCAUGCGGCUCGUGUCCUCCACCGCCAUUAUAGAUUCACGUUCCUUAGGGAUGAUGUGUGACUUCGAGGAGGAGGGCAACUGCGUGUGGGACUGGCAGACGGACGUCCCCGGCGCCGCCUCCUUCGAGCGGGUGUCCGGCCAACAGAUCACCGACAGGGUCAAGGAGUCACCGGGGAACUACACGGGACCUGACGAAGACGCCGACGGGAACAGAGAUGGCCACUUCCUGUACCUGGGCCUACCCGUGGGGUCGGCCAGCACCAACAACACGUGGCAGGUGAAAUCCAGGUGGUUGGAAGCCAGUGGGAAGAACUGCCGCGUCGAGGCCUUCUUCAACGUCUGGUCCAUGGAUGAUGCUGCUACUUCCUUCAAGAUCCUGGUCGAGAACAGCAACUACACGAGCAUCACCGCGGGCGUGGACAUCGGCCGAGCGAACGAAACGGGGAAGUGGAAGAAAAAACGCUGUUCAUGGGCGCAUUCCCAAAAGCUCAGAAGGGCAUCGGAUCUACCCUGGCAACAGCCGCCGACGCAUGUGGCCAUCGAUAAAAAUUUAGCUGGGCGAGUGUUUCAGCGGUAG